GUUGUGAGUCUGUGACGCAUUUAUUAGGAAAUAUCAAAACAUGGCUACGAACGGUCAUUCAGGGUAUCCUAUGAAAUGGUUUGAAGACCAAAAUUCAGCAAGAAACAUGUUUGAAUGUGGUAUAUGUUUGGAGGUCUUACGGGAUCCAGUGCAAAUUUGUGAUUGUGGUCAUCAAUUUUGUGCUUUAUGCAUUUCUGACAUUCUUAAGACUGAUCCUAGAUGCCCAAGUUGCAGGAUAAAAAUAUCUCGUGAAGUGAUAUUUGAUGAUCAUGCUGCCAACAGACUCAUAAAACAAUUAAAAGUGAAUUGCUGCUAUGAAGGAUGUAAUUGGCAGGGCUGUCUCAGUUUGUUUCUGGAGGAUCAUAGUGAAACAUGCAGCUUUAUGAAAAAAUCUGGUUUUGCUUUUGAGGAUUUUGUUGAUCAGUCAUCGUUUGAAAACUUGUUUCAAAAAGUGGUUACUCUUGAAGAGAAAAUUGUUACUAUCGAACAGCAGAAUGAGAAAAGAUUAAAAGAAAUAAAGUUGAAGCAUGAAAAUGACUUAAAAAAGAUGAAAAUUGAGCAUGCAAAUGAUUUAAAACAAGUUACCCAGCAAGUUACUGCUAAGUUCAAGGAAAGAAUACAAUUCAUGGAGGCCACAUUAAGGACUUUGCAAUUGAAAUCUGAUGCUCGAUUGUCUCCACCUUUGCACCAAUUUCAAAAUCAUGUGGAAUCAGAGGCAGAUUACAUAUUGAAGAUUGAUGGAUUUAAUGCCAAGUUGGCAGCAGCCAAGCGUCAGCAAACCUAUGGGUCUGUUGAAAGUGAGCCAUUUUACUCGAGAUAUAGAUACAAAAUGAAAUUAUUUGUACAUCUCAAUGAAGCUCCACGUGGGUUUGCUGGUUACAUGGGGGUUUACAUAAAUUUAAUGAAAGGGGAUCUUGAUGGAUGCCUGGAUUGGCCUUUUACCAAGCGAGUUUCUUUUGUACUUGUUGAUCAGCAGGAUAAUUGUUGGGAACGGCGAAAUGAAACAUGUUUGUUGAUACCAGCGGGAAACAAACAAUUCAGAAGACCACAGCAGCUUGAAAAUGAAGGAUUUGGAUUUACCAGAUUUGUUAAGCAUUCUUUGUUACAUACUCGUGAGUACGUAAGAGAUUCGACGGUGUUUAUAAAGGUUUUCGUUGAUACAUGAAAAAUAAAGGUUUUCGUUGAUUCAUUUUCAGUUCUCUUGUGUGGUUUUUUGCCUAUAUUAAUGUGGAUUUCAUUCUUUGUUUUGAUAUAUAGCAUGUUUUUUACACGUUAACUGAUUUUUGAAAUCACGGAAUUCGAUGUAUACCUUACUGUCCAUAGUCCAUACUCCAUUAGUUCAUGAAAAAAGAAACCAAAACAUGUAUCUAGAACUCGUUUUGACGGCGACCUACAAAAAUAUACGACGGUUAUGGUAGCCAUGUAAACCUUUUGUUACUCUAAACAAUUUUUUGUGCAAUUUUGAUGAUUUUGGAAUCACCUUUGUAAAGAUUGGGCACUCUUUCUAUGCGAUGAAGUGUCUUAAAGAUUACAUUUAUUCCCAAAGGAUUCCCAAAUACCAAGCAAGAAUGAAGAUGAGCCUUGAUGCAUUAAUCAGCUGAUUUGAUAACUUUUAUUACCAACACACCGUGAGGUUAUUUUAUCUAAAUUUAAUGAACAACUAGAAAUUUGCAGUAAUACGCUUUGAUGUUUGUUUUUAUACAUAACAAAAAACAAUUGUAUGAAGUGUAUCGUUAACAUUCUUCACCUUCAAUAAAUUUGUAUAUCUUCGCAAGGUUCAA